GCAGCUCAGUCACCGGUUGACCGAUGUAAAUAAGUACUCGCGUCUCGCAUGCCGUUCGCCAGUCCAGUCUCGGCCUUUGGAAGUGUAGUUCUACACAUCGCGAGGACCUCAGCACGGUCUUUGCUACUGAUAUCGCGUUCCGAUACGUGUUGCGUAGUACAUUUAGAUAAAUGCGGGCUAGCGCAUUAAAGUUCUCGAGCACACGUGCAGUUCUUGAAGCCGUAGUUUAGAAGACUGAAACAGUCAUUUUUCGCAGCGUUUUUAGCCAGUUUUUUUUGCAGGUUAAAUACCCUACAGAGUUGCAAAAUUGGACAUAAAUUUCAAAGGAAAAAGAUGGCUGAUACGAGUACGCAAAGACCGACUAUUCCAGAAUGGUUUGGUGGGAGACAAGUGAUGGUUACUGGUGGUACCGGCUUUAUGGGAAAGGUUCUCUUGUCCAAAUUACUAAUGAGUUGUCCAAAUGUUGACACAAUCUACGUAGUGAUUAGAGAAAAGAGGAAUCAAUCCUCAAAAACCAGACUUCUACAGUUGAUACAGGAAGAACCAUUUAGACUACUGCGAGAGAAUAACCCGGACAUGUUGAAAAAACUAGUUGCCGUCAACGGCGACACGACGUGCGCUGGACUCGGAAUUGCUGAGAAGGAAACGGAUAUUUUAAAGAACAAUGUUUCGGUGGUUAUUAACAUGGCAGCCAACGUACGGUUUGAUCUGCCUCUGAAGACUGCCGUCAAUAUGAAUACAAAAGGCACCGCUAACGUCAUUGAUUUGAUCAAACAGUUUAAGAAGUUGGACUCGUUCGUCCACGUGUCGACUGCUUAUUGUCAUUGUGGUGAACCCGUACUCGAGGAAAAGUUCUACCCGAUGUCAUCGUCACCCGAAGAAAUGAUGCAGAUUGUCAACAAUACCGACGAGGAGAUUCUUAAAGCGAUGACUCCAAAGAUUCUCGGUGACCAGCCAAAUACUUACGCCUUUACCAAAGCUUUAAGUGAAGAGCUAGUGAGACGGUGUGGCUUACCAGCAGGUGUCGCUCGACCGUCGAUCGUCAUCGGUUCAUACAAGGAACCAGACAGGGGUUGGGUGGAUAACAUGAAUGGGCCAACGGGUCUGAUGAUUGGUGCGAGUAAAGGAGUAAUCCGAACGAUGCUCUGCAACUCGGACUAUUACGUCGAUAUCAUGCCCUGCGACAUGGCCGUGAAUGCGACCAUAGCACUGGCCUGGAAGGUCGGCCUUGAACAGCCCGAAGUGCCUGUCGUUAUCAAUCUCACUGAGAGCCACGAUAAUCCUAUGACAUGGAAAUACGCUCUGGAGACUGGAAAGAAACAUGCUCUUGCCAAUCCAUUUUCGGGUCCACUAUGGUAUCCAGGAGGAGGAUUCACUAGAUCGAAACUACUUCAUUUUAUAUCAGUUUUCUUAUUUCACACAAUACCUGCUUACCUUUUGGAUGGUAUCAUCGUACUAACUGGAAACAAACCUUUCCUGGUAAAAGUGCAAGCCAAAGUUACUUAUGGAAUCAAUUUAGUCUAUUAUUAUACUACAAAACAAUGGAUUUUCAAGAACGACAGAUUAAAAGCCAUGCGAGAGAGCUUAAGUCCAGAGGACCGAAAGGUAUUCUUUAUGGACAUCAAGGUUAUCGUAUGGGAUGACUAUCUGCUCUCGUAUAUCCUGGCAGCGCGCAAAUACUGCCUGAAGGACGACCCUUCGACGCUACCACAGGCUCGACGCGUUUUUGCCUACCUCUACGUUGUCGAUCUGGUUGUCAGGAUUGGCUUCGGUCUUCUCUGCUGCUGGUUCAUCUACUCGUGGUUUUUAUUACCUUACAAGAUGACUGUCAGUGCGGCGCUCGAGACGAUGUCAAUACACUAAACACGUGUUUAAGAUCUAUAAAUAGACACGUCCGGUUAUACGCGAUUAGGUUAUAGAAUUCUCGUAUUUUUUAUUUAAAUCAGCUAGAAUCUAUUAAAUUUAAAAGCUUCGGGGUUUACCAGACGAUUUCCUUUUACAUACAGAUACAUCGAUCGUAAGGAGAUGAUGAAAGAAAGAGCAAAAUUAGACGAUAAAAACUUUUUCUAAUUCAUGAAGCUUUGAGCAGGAAAAUUAUUAAAUAUACGAGUUUUAAUCUCAAUACUAUUUACUUUUGAUAGUAGUACCAUGCUUGUAUUCUUCACCAUAAGUAUAUAGGGACAAAAACGGUUACUUUACAUAGAUUGUUGGAAUUCGAAUCAUUUGACUAAUUUAUCAAUAUUUUCAUGUGUAAAUAUGAUUAAAAAUUAUAGUUAUUCGUAAACAGUUAAAAACAUUUUCCAUAUAAUUCCAGUUCGUAUAGGUACUAUACUAUUCAACUAAAGAUCAAAACACAAUCAGCCUUUUGUGCAACCUUUAAAAAUUUUAUCAUAUCAUUAAUUAAAAUAAAUUUUAACAUUUCAUGUUUCAUAUAGCAUUUUUUUUAAGUACUAUUAGUAUUACAUCUUUUAUUUUUGUUUAUGUAUUGUAUUUAUUGCGCUUUUUUACUUUUACAUACAGCUGUAAAGAAGUCAUUUCACAUUUAGGUAUAAAUAAUUAAAUAGAAAUUAUAUAACGU